AUGAGUAACGCACGUCAAAAGGCGUUUCGGCGACCAAAUGGUCGUCCUGAAGCUUGCGACUCAUGCCGUUCGCGCAAAGUGUCGUGCGACCACAGACGACCUGCUUGCACAAGAUGCCAGAGACGAAGAGAAUCCUGUAUCUACACAGCAUCUACACCACAGGUUUACGGCUUGACUCAGCCAAGCACAGGACUCUUGGGUCAAUUGGAUUCUGAAUCACAAUCACCCCUACAAACGAAGCACAUGAUACGAGGUUAUGCGUUUAGCCCAGGUUAUCUUGGUUUUACAAGCUACAACUCUGCCUUUCAAGGUGCUCGAGAAAGUCUGUCGGUUUCUGAGAUGGACACAGAGGCCGUUGGGGUAGACAUAGCUAGCCCUGGUGACGAGGAUAUUCGCUUACGCAACUUGCCCCUACCAACACAGCAGAUGUGUCUUGUUGUCCUGCAAUGUCUACCAGGACGACCAGAUGCGCAUAUGGUCUUUCACGAUCAGCCAGGCCCUGAGACCACCACAUCUUGGUCCCAUGCUGCGGUGUCUCGCAUCAUCACAUCUCUGCGGCUUCUUUUCCAACGCUUCGAGGGGAGUGAUUCGUUUGACGAAAAGGUGGCCGAUGUCUUGUGUCAAAACACUUCUCAGCCCAUAAAUGAUGACCUUGGUAGCUUUGAUGACUGGGUAGCGCAGUUCUGUGGUUCCAACAUUCGGUGGGAAUCGAUAGGUCUUUUAUGGGCUCAUGUUGAGGGGCUUUCAGACGCACUGUCGACUCUGUCGUAUCGUCAGCUUCAGUGGGUGGAAGGCAAAGAAUCUUCUGUGAUAUCACACGAGAAUUUGCACUAUUGCAUCGAGAUCGUGCGCCACUUCACCGCUGGCAAUGUUCUACUUCUUGAUCUUUGUCGACGACAGGCUGCUCUUGGAACAUUGGUCUACGGCGAUGCCAGCCCCGUAUACUGGAACUCACAUGGUCUUCACGCUUCAGGAGAGGCAUCAAGGGCACAAACACAACCUAAGAAGACCUCAUUCUGUGUCGAGCUCAGACGCUUUACAUAUGCCUACAUCUUUUCGGGCGACAAGUCCAUGGUUGCCUUCACUGGCAGACCUCCACUCCUCAGCCGCCGAUAUUGCACAUCCGUCCCACCAUCUGAUCUGUCUGACAACUGUCUAUUAUCUGAAGACACGCUGGCAGAGCAGUUCGCAUCGUUGGAUGACAAGGGUUGGAACUCCAAGUGCGAGACCUAUGGCAACAGUUACAUACGGGCUCGUUACUUAAUGGCUUUUGUCUUUGAUGAGGUUGUAGAAAUAGCACUUGGCAAUGAUGUCCAUGUUACGCUUGAUCAACUUCAGAAUAUCAAGGCUCGGGUGACUCAGACGUUUAGCGAGGUACCUUCGCAUUUGAUUUUCAACUACGAAGAUCUGGACAACCCGGAUCUAGAUGUCAAUAUUCUUUACCUAAGGAUAUUACUCUAUCUUGCACAUCGAAGAGAUAUCUUUGUUAUAGAGAGAUUGAUGCUUCGUCACUCUGCGAUCGACGACGGCUCGUUAUUAACAACUAGUUUUGAUUUAGUCAAGGUUACAGUCAUGCUCUGGAUACAUAAGAACCGAUUUGCGCGUAUGAGGCGCAAUUUUGAAUGGCUACUGGUGGCAUACGGUGCUCCCGGAGGCGGUAUACUUUGCCAAGAACUACUCCGACCAACAUUCUUUGGUAUCCAUCCACUCAACCCUACUCUGUCACGUUCGAGCAUCGUGCAGCAACUCAGCCUGCUCGUUGGAUUUCUGAAUUGGGUCGGACCCAGCUCGCCGAACAGGAUUGUGUGCGCCGACUGUGAGACCAUCAUUCAGCGUGUACUUGAUCAGCAUUUGAACUCAACCCCAGCAAACAACUCGGGCCUGGAGUCUCUCAGUGCAGAUUUCCCUCGCUCUUUGGGUUUUGGAUUUGAGUUGUUGAAUACUUUUGAGUGGCUCCAAGAUGGCAUUUAG